CAGUAGGUGAAACCAAAGCAAUAGAAACAAGGAUUUAAAAGCAAGAACAGCUACAUCUGAUUAAUUUCUUGUUAUCUCUGUUCUGAUACAAGGAGGGUGUCUCUUUUUUCACAUAUGGAGAGCAACAAUAUAGCUGCAACAGCAGGAAAAACUAUAAGAUGCAAAGCCGCAAUAUGCAGAAGCCCUGGACAGCCACUGCUGAUAGAAGAGAUCGAAGUUAACCCACCAAAAGCUUGGGAGGUUCGGAUAAGGAUCAUUUGCACUUCCCUUUGCCACAGUGAUGUUACCUUCUGGAAUAUGAACCCGGGUCCUGUUUCAAACUUCCCAAGAAUCUUUGGACAUGAGGCUGCUGGGGUUGUUGAGAGUGUUGGGGAGUAUGUAGAAGAAGUAAAAGAAGGAGAGUUCGUGUUACCAGUGUUUGCUCCAAGUUGUGGAGAGUGCAGGGACUGCAAAUCGAGCAAGAGCAACAAUUGCUCGAAAUUUAAAGUAGGUGCUGGUGAGUUUGGGAUGCCAAGAGAUGGAACAAGUAGAUUUAGAGACAUGAAAGGAGAAACGUUGCAUCAUUUCUUGGGUGUGUCUAGCUUCACAGAGUAUACUGUGGUGGAUGUUGCCAAUGUGGUUAAGCUCAGCCUUCAAAUCCCUCUUGAUAAGGCAUGUCUGCUAAGCUGUGGAAUUUCAACAGGUGUAGGAGCAGCGUGGAAGGCGGCGGACGUGGAGGAGGGAUCGACUGUGGCUAUUUUUGGACUGGGAACUGUUGGACUUGCGGUUGCAGAAGGAGCUAGGCUACGCGGAGCUUCUAAAAUCAUAGGCGUAGAUUUAAAUCCUGAAAAGUUUGAGAUAGGAAAAAAAUUUGGGCUUACAGAGUUCGUCAACCCUUCAACCUGUGGGGAAAAACCUGUCAACCAGGUAAUUAAGGAAAUGACAGAUGGAGGUGCUGAUUGUUGCUUUGAAUGUAUUGGGUUGGCCUCAUUAAUGACAGAAGCUUUCAGAAGCAGCCGACAGGGGUGGGGCAAAACAGUGAUAUUGGGAGUGGAAAUGCAUGGAUCACCAGUGAGCUUCAAUCCAUUUGAGAUGCUCGAAGGCAGAAGUGUGGCUGGUGCACUAAUUGGAGGCCUAAAACCCAAAUCUGACAUUCACACUUUGGCCAAGAAAUAUCUAGACAAGGAGCUUAAUUUGGAGGAGUUCAUAACACAUGAACUGAGCUUCAAGGACAUUAACAAAGCCUUUGACUUGCUUCUUGAAGGGAAGAGCCUUAGAUGCAUAAUUUGGAUGGAUAAGUAAUUGGGCUAACUGAUUAUGGAUUACCAGUAAACAUUAAUUAAUGUCCUCUCGAACAUGAAUGUCUAGAAGAUCAUGGCUUCACUGCCGACGUGAAUGUUUUAUUUUCUCAAUGCAAUAUUUGUUCAUCAAAAUUCUGAUAAUGUUUCAAAAUCAGCAAUAUAAUUUGGUCCAUUAGCUUGAGAA